AUGCUCAAGAACAUUCUUUUACUAACCUUUAUAUUUUCUACCUUUUAAGCAACAGACAUCUACUUGGAAGAAGUUAUGGAUUGCGUCUAAAACACAUGUGAACCCGUAAGAAGUAAUUGUGGCAUUGACACCGAUUGCAGGUAAUUGGCAAUUCUAAAAACCAUAGAUUAUCUUAUAACAACUUUACUACCUGCAUUUCAGAGAAGUCUAGUGAGUCAGAUUAUAUCUAAUGCAGAACCAAUGGCUAUAUGACAUGGGUCAAGGUCAUGGAUUGUUAUAAUGAUUGUCAUUAUUUUGAACUCUUCGCACUACCAAUAUGGUUACCAAUAGCCGUCUUUGCAAUAUAUAUAUGA